AUGGAUGUUUCAUUAGAACAAUUGAGUGAGAUGUCGAUAUCUCCUCGCUACUGGGGGAUAUAUACAUCCCUGUACAGUUCAUUGCCCCCGGAGGCCGUCAAACAGCUCGAGCGUGCCAUCUGGCUCAAGAUGUCAGGACUCGCCAACGAAGCCAGAGCAAUAUUCGGCAAUGAGCUCGGAUCUUUUGCAGCAGUUCCGGUUGUCGCUAUUGAGCACGCCGACCUCGAGUUGGAGGCGGGCAAAUGGGGCCGGGCAUGGGGCAUCCUAAACUCAGAGCUUUUACGGCUGCGAGAAGCCAAAGAAGACCUUGAAUCACCCGAACAUCGACUCAUGCUUUUGACAUGGGCCAUGCUCGGGACGAGACAUCGAGGUGAUGUGACGUCGUCAGCUAUAGAGAUUGAAAGAACCCAGCAUUGGCUUGCUGGAGUACCUGUAGAGGAGUAUACUGACAUCCAGGCAGGCUGCAUUCGCCGAUAUGUCAUCGCAAGUCUGUUCACCAGGCUCUAUUCGGGAUACAAUAAUCCAGAGUCAGAGCACAUCCCGUUACAUGGCAGGACAGACGCUUCAGGUGAAAGGAUACCCUGGGGUGGGCUACAACUACUGCGGCGCUCCCUGACGCAGCGAGGCAUGUUCAACGAGGCCAAUGCCCUGUUCCGCGCGGAGCUGAAUCGCACGCCACCAGAAGACCGAGGCCCUGUGGUCAACGAGUUUCUGGAGGCUGUAGCGAGCAUCCCUCUGAGUCGGGGUCGGGACUACAUCGAUGCUGUGGUUCGCCUCCAGUGGGCGACCACACAUAUUCAGCUACAAGCACCAGAAAGCGCCGUUGAGGAGUUCGGCAAAUCUGAGGCGGCUUUCCAGAGGUUCUGUGAUGAAUUUGGUAUUAGAAACAAGGAGGCCACACCGCAUAUGCAAGCAAUGGCCUACGAGAGGCUGUCAUGCAUCAACGACCCGAUCGACAAAUUAGAGCGGACAGAGGAGCUAGCCGCUCAUAUGGAAGCUGUCGACGGCACGAAGACUGGCUAUUGCUUAGCGGCAGCUGCUGAUCUCUCGAGGAAAUAUUACGAAGUCACUGGAAUGGAAUUGUUCAGGACCACGUAUUUUGAUGUGCUGAGGCGCCUCGAUACGUAUGAUCAGACUGUAUCGGAGGACAUUUGCGAUCUGGUGCACCAUCAUGUUGACCUCAAUUCUGUUGCGCUCGCGAGCCUAAUUGAUCGCGAUAAGGCUCUCGACUGGAUUGAUGACUUCUUUAAGCAGUAUCCGCACUUCGACGCCCCAGUGGUGCGGGCGUUGCUCCUUAGGAGUCAGGCAUCACUCCUGCGAAGUCUUCGUCGGCAGGAUGAGGCUGGGAGGAUCGACGAGGAGGCCAGUCGAUUGGAGACAUCCACACCAUCCGUGGGCAAUUGGAUGCAUUCGAGACAGAGCCGCCGCGAUCCAACGAAAAGGGGUACCACUCCUUCUGUACAACAAGAUACCCAGAAUCAGGUUCAGGACGAUGAUGGGGAGGAGACAUUCUAUUGGGGCUGGAGCGAUGCUAUUGGAGACCAGGCAAAAAUACAAGAAAUGUCCAUUCAGCUGGUACUGACAUGGCUGCUUGAAGACAUCGCCACUGGGAACUCUGCCCUUGAAGAGUUCAAGAGUAUGAAAGAAGCCGCAUUGAAAGCUAUUGUCUUCCCCAAAGCAACCGACAUCGAUGAGCCCACAGAAGAACGGUACACGCGUCUCUGUGCAUGGCUCAGUAAACCCCCUGUGCAUCAAAAGAACCGUCGACUGUUCUGUUUGGUCAUGCUCAGAUUCGGGAGGCAGAUGCACUUUUCUGAUCUUCAGCUCUGGGACCUUCGCCUCUCUGAGCUCAAGAGUCUACUCGAGCUCGAAGAAAGCCUCCCCCAGAUCAUCCGGGACAAGUUUCCAGGUAGCAAGGGCAGUUGGCUGUCCCAAAUAGCACUCACAUACAUGGCACCGCUAGAUUACUGGGCGGAUUUCACCAGCGCUGAAUCAGGAGAACGAUUGUCAAAUGCCCAAACAUACAACGACCGUGCUCUGGCUGAGUUUCGUCGAAACAAGGACCUCGUUCGGGUGGCUCUUCACCAGCGAUCUGGAGCGCAAAUCUGCAUGUUCAUGAUCAGGCGGAUAAGACAAUUGGAGCAGCAAGCAGCGAGCUCCAACGAUACCAAAGGCAGAACAGCAGAAAGUAGGCAUAAAGUGGCAGAGAAUGAUAUUUAUUGCCUUUCAGACUAUGCCAAGGCUCAAAUCCACGACCUCCGCAACAGAGGGAUCAGUCAGGCUGAAGAGGCUGAUGAGAUAUUUUCGAUGAGCGAGCUCCAUGCGUCCACAAGUUCAGGCCUAGAAGGAAUCACACACCGGCAGAGCAUCACCGCGGGCAAUGCCAAUGCAUUCACGGUCCUCACAGCCAUCGAGCUGCUCCUCGCGGCUCCAGGUGAGCCAUCUGAUGAGACUAUCACCAAGGUAUGGCAGUGGGUGCAGAAGUUCAAAGCACGGUCACUGGCGCGGACCAUCGGAGUGCGUAUGUCCGCUCCACUCGAGCUUGUGAGUAAGAUCAAGGCAUAUCCUGAAGCUGCACGCGGUUACGAUGAGAUGAUGGAGCUGGAACAGCGUAUUGAGAAGGCUGAGGGGAUGGCCAAAUUCAAUCUGCGUCGGCAGCUGGACAUGCAUCGCCGAACCAUGAGAGACACACACGACUUGCUGAGGCAACUCCUCGACUUGAAAGAGGCCCAGCCAUUUGACUUGUCUGAUGUGGCCAGAAUCACAGCCCAGAGUGGUACAAGCAUUGUCCUGGUUGACUGGUUCUACCUCCCUCCAUAUUUCACUGGCGACGUCGGUAGAUUCUUCCUGUUCACAACUAAGAACCGAUCUAAACGAAACAUAAAUAUAAAACUAACCAUGGAUAUGUUGGCUACGAAAGUAGGGGAUGUGGUUGAUUGGAUGAAAACAUAUCUUACCCCAGAAAGUUUUAAAGAUAUACAAGAGGAGAAUCUCGACACCCCAGAGGCACGCAAAGCAUUCGAUAGCAUGCUAGGUGGUCUCAUUGCGCCGCUUUCCCGCCAUGUCAAGCCGGGUGAGCUCGUUGUCCUGUGUCCAUCCUCCUCUCUCCACCGGCUUCCGCUCCACGCACUUGCGAUCGGAGGACAUCAAGCGUUGAUACACCGGAAUCCAGUCGUUUACACACACAGUCAGUCACUUCUGCGCUCCUGCUUCGCGGCCACGGAGGUGGCACGACCAUCGCUAGCGCCUAUCAACGUCAAAUUCAUAUCAGGCAUCGCAGAAUCCGAAUCCACAUACCUUAAAGCAGGACGGGCUAGUAUCCAGACGCUUGCCCGUGAGUUCCACACAGAUCCAAUGAUAGACCGGACUGCCUCCAAGAAGGACUUCCUGACUGUUGCUGGAAAGUCUCGUCUCCUCCAUAUGCACACUCAUUGUGGCUGGGGAUCGAAAGAUCCUUUGGAUCACAUGGUCGAGUUUCCUAUGCCGUUUGCGCCACCUAACGAGCAACGCCCGGUUGAGAGUGUCACGGCCCGAGAAUUCUUUGAUAUUCUAGUCUCACCAGGCACACACAUCAACAUGAUAGCGUGCCAGGGGGGUGUCGUGGAUGUGCCUCUAGGAGACGAGGUCUUGGGACUUGUCCCUGCGCUGAUGUGUUCUGGGGCCAGUUCAACUGUAUCGACGCUGUGGAAAAUCAACGACACACACGGGUCGAGGUUUUCGAAAUUGUUUUUCGACUCUUUCUCUAAACAGAGCACCUCCACAGAUGGCAAUACAUCCAAAGCUGGUGGCAGCCUCAUAGUGAAUCUUGCCAAAGCAAUGCAGGUCGCCGCCCAAGCGAUGGACCAUUCGACGAACCAAGACAUGGACGAUGAGAAGCAAGAGCCUCUCUAUAGAUGGGCAGGAUAUGUGCUUCACGGCUGUUGGCAAUUCCUACUUUCGGGACAGGACAUCAAGUCGUUGCACAAUAGGUAG